GGAGAAGUUAAACAGUCAUUCCGUCAGCGCUAAUCAUAUUCUUUAGAACGUGGGGUAACUGGAUCGUGACAGCAGUGUAGGUCUACUGGUGCUAAUUGUCUCGACAACUGAACCGUAGUUCUGAUGAUGUUUUGUGUCCGAAUAAGUGAAUAACAGGUAUGCUGGUGUUAGUGUCCUAAGAGCUGAACAACUUUUGUGCUGCUGUUAGUGUAAAACUAACGGAACAGCCUUUAAGAAACAACGGUAAAUUUUGGACUGUAAGGCUCAGUAUUUACAAAUGUUAAAUUAAUUUAGUAGAGUGUAAUUUUUGUUAUCAUUGUUAUUACAUAAUUAUUUAUACACGUUCUGCUAACCAACCAAAAGUACCGGAGUUAUACCGUGAAAUGUGAUUUGACUGGUAUAAAACCAUCUUUUACGGAAACUUAAGUUGCUGGCACUACUUUCAACUUCGGUGGUUGAUGAUUUUUGUUUCUCUGCGUUUAACAGCAAACCAAACUCAUCUCUAUAUAUGGAAUAGUUGCCGUUCUUUAAUAAGGCUAAUUUGUACGCCCUCAGACAACUAAAACCUGGGAGACAUCGCACAAAUUCGCCACUCCCCCCCCCCCCCCCCCUUACUCUCUUGGUCCAGAGGCAGGCAACUUUACCAAGCAAAACAACAUCUCUAACUGUUAAGUAGUAUGGUGUACAAAAAGUUAUAUUUCAACAGUACAACUGAAAUAUGUUAGCUUUACAUUAUUGUGUUCCAAUGAAAUUUAGUUGAAUCAUUACACUCUUAAAAGAGGAGAUGCUCAUAAUUGAUGUGUUAAAAUCUAUUUGAAAGGAAGGUUAAGGACGGAGAUGGGCUAGAGAUUUAUGUGAAGAGUGAUGUUCCAUUUUAGAUAAGAGAUCCAAGUGAAAUUGGAGAUGAAAGAAAAAAAAUCCACAUCUAUAGAGAGAGAGCGACUCUGUGAGACAGAGGGAAUGGGGAGAGGGAGAUUGAGAUACUAAAGAAGAACGAGAGAAUAAAAAGGGGGCACUACCGAGGGGAUGGGAAAGGAUUAUUUAAAUCAAAUUUAAAAAAAAAAAAAUUUAAAGUUAUCCAUUUUUGAUCCAUUCUCAGGUCCUAAUUGAUUUCAAAGAUGACGUCAUUUGAAGAAAUUUACAAAGGAUGUAAGUUAUUAGGGGGCAAUAUUUUUAAAAAAGACCGUGAAACAUUACGGGGUUGGGGGUCUGUGGGUCGGAACCCAAGUCGUGGUGUUUAGAAAAUCGAUGCAUAUUACAAGACACCAACUAUAUCUAUAUCUAUCUUUGGUGUUAUCCGUUUGAUGCUAAUAAACUCCUUUCACUACUCAAGAUAAUGAUUGUCACAGAAGGGUUGUUAUGGAGGAGGGCUCCAGUCCUGACUUAUCACAAACUGUUUUGACUUAGCAGUCGUCAGUACAGGACGGCUCCUCUCUCUCAAUUAUCUUUUGGGUAUCUAGGCGUGGGGACAGACAAAAGGACAAUGUAGACUUGAAUGAAAUCCAAAUAACACAAACUCCAGGUGUCCAGGUGAUAAAAUAUUAUGCAUUUAAUACAUUUAUAAAAAAGCUAUUACAUAUAUAAUUAAAUAUCCCCCGCAAUACCACCCACUGCCUACCAUACGAUUCUCUCAAAGUUAUUGACUUGCUACAUUGCUAAGGACUUGCUAUAACAUUACGAAAGCCUUGCUACAUUACUAGAAAUUACAUUCUCCCAUCAGAUCCUUUACACCGGAUUUCUGUUUCAUUUCUCUACACGCUCAUUAACAUAUACCAAGCUUAGUUUUUUUAUAUCACUACAUGCCAGCAAACUAUAAAAUUGUUUACUGUAACUAAUUCCUGAUACACUUUUCCUACACUGUCCCUUUGUGUUUCCCUGGUGUACUUUUGAGCGGGUUGGUUCCCACGCUGUCUUCCUUGUAUUGAAAUAAACCUUCUUUAAAUGGCAAAAGCCGGCUCUUUCCCUCGACUAUUGUAUCUUUCUCGUGCGCCUACGAUCAUCCUCCCCUCGCUCAGCCCUGGUCAUUUGUGACAGUCGUAUGAAGCGAUUGAUGAAGAAUUUAAAUUCUUGAGGCGAUCGCAUGCACGAAAUUGAAGUGGUCCUGUGGAGAUCUAGUAAGGAAAGUCAAACAACGACUUCAUAAUACUCUACGAAUUCAAUUAGUAAUUAUUAAUGUUAGGUAAAUGUAACGGACUAUGUUUUCACAUGAAAACAGAGAGGUAGCAGGAGUGAACAGUGAAUAGUGUUGACCAUGUUUUGUCCACGAGGAUAAUGAAUUGUAUUUUGAGAGGACAAUGUGAGCUCCACGUUUUUGGAGAGUAAAAUUAUGUUUUUGUCAGAUCGGUUGUUUUCCACGCUUUGCUGGUAAUAAAGUAUGAGUUGACUGAUAUAGGGAGGGCAGUAGAGAACAGUAGAGCUAGGAGAGCUGUGUGAUUAGACAGUUGAGCUGAGUUAUAGUAGUGUGAGGACGUGUCUUUCUGAAUGAUGGAAUAAUACUAUAUAUAUAUGUGAAAUUACAUUCAUGCAAGGAUUAUCAUUAAUAUUAUCAGUAUAAAGUGUGUUCAAUAAAGUACUGUGAGUUUUAACCAGAAUUGAGUAUUCUUCCUUGCGUGCCUGGAUAACAAGUGGAAGAAUGAAUAAGUCUUAGUCGGCAUCCUAACAUAAGUAACCAUACUACUGACAUAACCACAGCAUAAGAAAUAAGACCCCACGCCAUGUCAGAGUAGAUGUGUUACAGUAAACAAUUCGUUCGUUCAUCCUGUUCUUCUCUUCUGGUCCUUCACUACCAGAGCUUUGAUUAAAAGAAUUAAAACUCGUUAGCUCGCCCUAACCUUACGAAGCGUUAUGGCGUCACCAAAAUAUGACUGCUCAAUAUUUCUUAGACUACAUUUUAUAUAAUUUGAGAUGUUUCCAUAUUAUUUAUGUAACUUGGAGCAAUGUGUCUAAGAUUUUUUUUCUUCUAAAUUCAGGUCAGACGGAAGAGGAGGAUACACUCAUAAUGGAGUCGUGGAAAGACAUGUACAAGCAAUGCACAAAAGAAAAUAACCAUGAAGAAUAUAUUAAAGUCUCCGAAAUUGCGUCUCGCUUCCCGCAGAAUUUUCGUGAGGACAGCGAUUUGAUUUAUCAGAUCAAAACCAUGGCUGACCUGACAGUCCGCAUUGAGAUCCCGCUGGAUACAAAGACAAGGCGAAAUGGGACGGGGUUCGUUCAGAAAAUACGGAGUCAGAAGGGAAACAGUUGUCCGGACAAAACUUGUCCAAUGAAUGGAAGCUGUCACAAGUGGGCUAUUGCGACGGUCACCACUGUGUAUCACGUGAUCAAUAGUAAGGAUCCUAAAAAAGCAAUGCAAGAAGAGCUCGCUGACCGGGCCGUGGUCAAAGUGUUCACGGGUGAGGCUGAUGGAGCAGACGAGGACUGUGGUAAGAUUCUGAAGGGUUUUAAACUCGUAGACUCGGACAAGGAAAUCAACAACUUUGAUUGGUGCGCCUUCGAGUGCGUGUCUCACGACGAUGACGUCAUUUUCGAACUGGAGGCUUCCUUGAAAAUCCACGAAGACAUGCAAAGGAAGACUUACGACAAAUAUAAACAAGAGGAUAAGAGACUCAUCGUGAUAGUGGGUUAUCCCCAUGGGGGACCGAAACGAAUGAGCUAUUGCGAGCCCAAAACUGGGCACGUGAACCGGUGCAUCCUGAAGGAAGUGAGAGAUACUCAGGAGUGGUGCUGUUACUCGUACACGGCGGCCACCUGCCGCGGAAGCAGCGGGUCGCCCGUGUUCAUUCUCGGACAGCCACUGUGCGGGUUUGGGUAUUGGUUUGGUCACCCGCACAACCACAGCGCGUGGAGGGAUUCGGAGAAGUCAUCUCUCUCUUCCAUCGGGGUGGACCACUUAAAAGUCGAUAACGUCGGAGUCAACAACCGCAGCUGAGAAGAUCAUGGUGAAAAACAACACAAUUGAGCGGAUUGUGAGAACGGUGGAGCAGACAGUAUAGAGCUAAACAAUAUGCAUCAGAGAUAAUUUAUUUGGACUAAUAAAUUGCUCAACAUCAAACUAUUUUGAUGCUUCUGUACUUUUAUUUUAUUAUAAAUAGUUAUGUUGGUGUAAAUUAUAUCAUUAUUUAUAAUUUUCCAUUCCGAUUACAAAUAUCAGUAUAAUUAUUGGUGCCAGUUUACCCUUCGGAUGACUUUAUGUUAUAUUGUUACUCUUUGAAAACCGAUUUGAAAACAUAUCUAUUUCGCAAACACCUGCUGGGGUGACUUUGUCUACCAUCUUUUCCAGCUAGCUAUUAUCUCCUAGAUGUAUAUUGGCCUGGGUUGUUAAUGGUUGCAAGAGAUGAAAGACUUAGAAUGGGUAUGCUCGUAUGUAGUUUUUGUAGUGUUGCGUUUUGUAUUUCAAUGUGGUAAAACAUAGAUUUUUUUCAUUUCUUCUCUAAUAUGGAUGACUUUGUACCGCGCAUUGAGCCUAUGGGAAUGAAGAGUAAUUUUCAAAUAAUCUUUAUUAUUAUUAUCAUUAUUUAUUCGUUUGGUCUUAUUACAUGCAUUCCACCUUUCCUUUUAGAUGCAGUGUUAUUUAUAUCCUUAUUAUCUUGUAUGACGCAGUGAAAGUAUGUGGGAAUUAUAUACUUUGUUCAAUGAAUAAAAUUAAAACAUAUUAGUUGAGUUUCUUCGACAUUUAAUUUGACCUCU